AUAGGUGACACUGGAUUUAUUCGUACAGCAUCUUGUUUGCUCGCAGUUUAGAACGUUAUACUUUCAGAUUUAUUGCUGAAAGAUGUAUUCUUCAUUGAUUUUAUACAAGGAUAACUUUGGCUUCUUUCAUUUUUAACAAGUUGUAACCUUUGUGUAACAGCGUGUAUAUGUAACGAAGGAGAAAUUGGUUCUAAUACCUGAUUGUGAUACAGAGUGGAGUUACUCUCUAAGCAGAUAUCAGUUGGAAGACGUUCCACUAUAUUUGUCCAUCUGGCUGCAUUUCUGCCCUGUAGCAAGGAAACUCUUCUUAACGGGCCAAAAUGUUGUGGGCAAAGGAGUAUGAAGAUAUUAUCAAAGAACCAUAUGAAAAAUUGAAGCAAGCUGUAACCAGACUUAUGCCAGCCAUCAUAAAGAAAUAUGAAGAGGAGAGGGCUGCUCUUGAAAAGCAAGAGGGAGGGCCCAAGGAGAGGCAGUCUAAAAAGGAGGAGGUGGGGGAGGCGAGCAGUGAGGAGGCGGAUGACAAGAAGACCGGCCAAUCAGACGUGGCAAAGAAGAGGCAGAUGGGACCACGCAAGAUAUUCCCAUGGGACACUGGUACAAGGGACGGGCUAUGUGAUGUAGUUCGCAUUAAGAUGCAGACGUUUAAGAAGGCGCGGACAAAGUCCCAGUCAGCUGAGGAGUUCUGUAAGGGGUUCCUCAAGAAUGAAGUGCUGCCCCUAUGGCCAAAGGGCUGGAUGGAGACCCGCUUCUUGUACCGUGAGAGCAAGACUGCACACCAUACAUACACAAAACCUCUGUCCAGUCAAAAGCCAAAGAAGACACCUGUGCGGAACAAGGUUCGAACAAGUUCUUCACUGAAUGCAUCUGGUGCAAGUACUUCGGGGGCAAAUACUACCAUGACUGAAAAAAGCGGGUCAGCAAAACCUGGGGAUGAUGUUGUCAUAUCAACCAUUUAUGAUAGAUCAGCAUUAGAUCAAACGUCACAACCGAAACCUCCAAGACAGAGUCCAAUGAGCCUGGCAAUGUCCAAGACCAAAUCGUCCAAUCAGAAUCAGGCGACGGACUCUCCAUCUUUCAAGACGAGCUCUUCGAAAAGGAAGGCCUCCAGGACUGAUGGCAAAUAUGAGAUGUCGGACUCUCAGAGCAAGAAGCGUCGAACACUGGAGUUCCCUAAGGAGGACAUGUUGGACAGGACAAGGCCAGCCACCACAAGUCCCUUUGCAACCCGGGGAUUGCAGCAAGACACCAUGGAGCAGAGACAAGCGACUCCUACGUCUGCCUGUGACGAUAUGAAGGCCUUGGAUUUGCAGUAUGAGCUGCUUAAAGUGGCUGACCGCAUCUGUGACCACGUCAGUCAACUCUCCAUGUCCGACAUAAUGAACUGCUUCAAGGUUAACAGUCGCGCUGUGCAAAAUCUACUACAUCAAAGAACUGAGAUCAAGUCCCAGGCCAGUGGAAGGAAUCUUAUGGACAGAAUAUUCAUCUCAAACUGUACAGCAGGUGAUGUUGGUAGAGCUAGGGAUUCCACUUCAAUAGCAAUUUCCAAACAAAUCACGGCGCCCACAUCUGCCUGUGACGAUAUGAAGGCCUUGGAUUUGCAGUAUGAGCUGCUUAAAGUGGCUGACCGCAUCUGUGACCACGUCAGUCAACUCUCCAUGUCCGACAUAAUGAACUGCUUCAAGGUUAACAGUCGCGCUGUGCAAAAUCUACUACAUCAAAGAACUGAGAUCAAGUCCCAGGCCAGUGGAAGGAAUCUUAUGGACAGAAUAUUCAUCUCAAACUGUACAGCAGGUGAUGUUGGUAGAGCUAGGGAUUCCACUUCAAUAGCAAUUUCCAAACAAAUCACGGCGCCCACAGACGACAGUCCCAUUGCAAGCACUCAGGUUGUGGUUGAGGAGAGAAGCGAGUACGCUAGCUAUGCGUUUGAGCACUGUAAGGAGAUGAUGAAGGUGUUCAACAAGGUGUUUGGCCUGCAGAGAUUCAAGACUCACCAGCUGGAGGCCUGCAAUGCUACACUGCUAGACAAUGACACCUUUGUCCUUAUGCCAACAGGUGGAGGAAAAAGUCUGUGUUACCAGUUGCCUGCCCUUGUAAAUGGGGGUGUGACAAUAGUUGUCUCCCCUCUCCGAGCGCUGAUACAGGACCAGGUCCAAAAACUGCAGUCUUUGAAUGUGCCAGCGGGUCACCUGUCCGGUGAUGUGACACCGGCAGAGGAAGCGGUGCUGUACGAGAAGCUUGACAUGAGGACCCCAGAGAUCAGACUGUUGUAUGUCACACCGGAGAAGCUUUCUGCCAGUGAGAAGUUAUUGGGUGUUCUAGAAAACCUGUUCAGCCGUUUAGUGCUUGACAGAUUUGUUAUAGACGAGGCCCACUGUAUCAGCUCGUGGGGACAUGAUUUCCGACCAGACUACAAGAAGCUAGGUAUGUUGAAGAUAAAGUUCCCUGGGGUGCCGUUAAUGGCCCUCACUUCAACAGCCACCAUGAGAGUCAGGAAGGACAUCUGUAAUCAGCUUCAUAUGAAAGACCCAAAAUGGUUUAUCUCUAGUUUCAAUCGUCCCAAUUUGAAGUUUGAGUGUCGACCAAAAAAGACGUCUACUGCCACCAAUGAUAUCAUCAAAAUGAUCAAGACUGAUUUCCUUGACAAAUGUGGCAUUGUGUACUGCCUGUCUCGGAAGGAGUGUGAAAGCGUGUCCUGGUCGCUGACCAAGGCUGGCAUCCUUUCUCAGUCCUACCACGCCGGACUGAGGGACGCCAAGAGGGUCAAGAUCCAGGAGAAGUGGAUGCAUGGAAACAAGUGCAAGGUGAUAUGUGCUACCACAGCAUUUGGUAUGGGCAUAGACAAGCCAGAUGUGAGGUUUGUGAUCCACUACUCACUGCCCAAGUCCGUGGAGGGCUACUACCAGGAGGCAGGGAGGGCUGGCCGAGAUGAGCAGCUAGCCUACUGCAUUCUGCUCUACAGCUACAAGGAUGUGGAGAAGCACAGAUGGAUGAUUGAGACGGAUAAAAACGUGACGGUUGAUUCAAAGAGUGUGCACCAUGACAACCUGUUACGCAUGGUUGAGUUCUGCGAGAAUGUGGCCGACUGUCGCAGGACUCAGCUCCUCGACUACUUCAAUGAGACGGGCUUUGACAGGGUCCAGUGCAACAAGAUCAAGGGGUCCAUCUGUGAUAACUGCAUCUCUAAGGACCCGUUAAUGCUGCGAGACGUGACAGAGGAUGUGAAAGCGAUCAUAGCAUGUGUGAAAGACCUCACGGCCAACAGCGACUUUACCCUCAAAUACUUUAUGGAAAUGUUUAAAGGCUCCAAUGACAAUAAGAUCGUAGAGAAUUGUCAUGACCGCCAUGCGAUGCACGGUCGUGGUGCUGCCUGCAACAAGCAGGACGUGGACCGGCUGUUCCGGAAACUGGUGAUCGACGGCAUUCUCAUUGAGGAGCCUAAGAUUACUGCCAAGGACCACGUCUCCUGCUACAUCAAACUGGGCCGGAAGGCACAAGACGUCAUCAGCGGGAAAAUGAAGGUCGAACUCCAAGUUCAAGGGAAUCGCAAAAAGAAGGAGUUGAUUGGAACAGAACCAGUCAGUGAGGAGCUGAGGACAAGGGCCGAGGAAAUCGCUUUGAGAAAACAAGAGAGUGCAGUACCAGGGCCCUCGUUUAGCAGUUUUAAGAGCCGAAAUUCGGCCAUAUUCCCCCCUUAAAAUAGUAUACUUUUCCCCUAUUUUAGCUACGAAUUCCCCCCUCCAAAUUUUAUUUUUUUAUUUCUAUACCUAUGUUGCCAUCUUGUAUCCUGCUAUUAAACUUUGAUUAAAUGUAUUUAU